AUUAUAUAGUGUUAGAUAUUUGUUUUAAUAGUAUAAGAUUAAAAACAAAGAUUAGAAGGGGAAAAAAAAAAGGAAGGUCAAAAUCGAGAGAGGGGCGCACAAGGUUGGGGUGUGGUCUUAGAUACGAUAAUCUUGUGGUGGUCGUAGGUGUUACAUCUUGAGCCAAACACACACGAAAGAGAAAGAGAGUCUUAGAGAUUAGAGAUGAAGACGACGACGAUGCUUACCCAAAGCUCGAAUCCCUAGGUUUUGGCUAAUAAACAAAGCAGUUAAAAUCGGUUGUGUCUCAUUUUAAAUUUCGAUAUGAACUUAAGCAAGAAAGCAACGACGACCCCGUCAAGUGAUCCAAAGCUAAAGCCAACAACUUUGAACCCUCAUGCUGCUGAGUUUGUUCCCUUUACUCUACGCUCUACUAGUACUACUACUACUACUACAAGCAACUUGGAUGUUACGACACCAAGACUUUUAGCUUCCUCCAGCUCUGUUCUGGACCGGUCGGAGUCAUCUGCAUCGCGUCAUUCAGAUGAAGAAGCGCGCCAGUUCUGGAGUCACCAGCUUCCUGAUGAUAUCACUCCAGAUUUCAAGCUCAUGACUACUCAAGAUGACACUUCCUAUGGUGCUUCUGGGAGUUUGUCACUAGCUGGCUUGUCCUUGUAUGACGCUGAGAACUUUCCUUCUCCUAGUGGAGGUGGAGGUGGAGGGUUUGUGUUUUCUGACCAACCACAUGGGCAUAACUUGUCGGACAAGAGUAGAUAUCCCAUCUCCUCGUUCGGGGAAGAUCAGAGUUUCAGUCCAAAGCCUUGGGAUAAGCAGAUUAUGAGUGCUGAGAAGCAGCUUCUUGGUGGUAAUGAUGACAGGGAGAGAAGAAACCCUUUUGGUCGAUUCAUGGUUUCCGAGAAUCCAAGUAUAGGGGAAAUGGAGGUGAACCCUGUGGAGUUUCUCGCUUCUCAGUUCCCUGGGUUUGCUGCUGAGAGUCUUGCUGAAGUUUAUUUUGCUAAUGGGUGUGAUUUGCAGUUGACCGUUGAGAUGCUUACUCAGCUUGAGCUACAAGUGGAUAAUGGUUUGAAUCAGAACAUGAGGCCUAAGAUUCCUGCUCCUGCUCCGGCUCCUAAUCUAACUCCCAUGGAUUUUCCUGCCCUAAGCCCUGCACAGUUUGGUGGGGAUGAUAUGCAACAAACAGGGAACCAUUACCAAUCUGCUGGAAAGGAUAAUAUGUUUUUCUUCAAGCCAGAUUAUGUUUCUGCAGUCAAGAAGUUAGCAUCCCAAGAUACUGGCCUGUGGAAAUAUGAAGGAAACGGUUCAGGAGACUCAUCUAUUGGCGGCUCAAGCAGAAACUAUCAUGCUGGGGGUGGGCGUGGGCCUGCGAGGAGUAUAUAUUCUGAUAAGCUGUCCUCAAAUCGAGCUACUCCUGUCGCCUGGCUGGAGACCGGGGACGCAGUUGGGAAUCUGUAUUCUGACUUGCGUGGGGAAGCACGUGACUAUGCUCGUCUUCGGAAUGUAUACUUCGAACAGGCACGGCAAGCAUACCUUGUGGGCAAUAAGGCCUUGGCUAAAGAUCUAAGCGCCAAGGGACAGAUGCAUAACAUGCAGAUGAAGGCUGCUCAUGGGAAAGCUCAAGAAGCCAUUUAUCGUCAGAGGAACCCGGUGGGUCAAGGGAUCAACAGUAGAGGGAGCGAAAGAAUGAUAGACUUGCACGGGCUACAUGUUAGCGAAGCACUUCAGGUGUUGAAGCACGAGCUGAGCGUGUUGAGGAGCACAGCUCGAGCAACACAAGAGAGGCUUCAGGUUUACAUAUGCGUAGGGACUGGCCACCACACAAGGGGCUCCCGCACACUGGCUAGGCUCCCUGUUGCUGUACAGCGCUACCUACUCGAAGAAGAAGGCCUUGACUUCUCCGAGCCUCAGGCUGGUCUCCUUAGAGUCAUCAUAUACUGACCAUCUGCUUAUAUAGGAACACAACCGGAAAGGAAAAGCAAAAAAAGAAAGAAAAACGACCACGCUAUUCAUUUUGUUGUAUCUGUUCUGUACAUGGGAAGUCAGGGAGAGAGAGUAUCUGAAAAUGAAGUACAAAGAAAAAAAAAGAGAUGAAGGCAAGAAGGAAGAGGCUUAUGCUAAAAUGUUUUAGGUUUUGUUAAGAAAAAUACUUUUUGUAGCAUUAGAGGAUCAACCAGACCUCUCUUACUGUUAUCUUUUUGUGGGGCUUUACCUGAUGUUUUGUUGAUUCUCUAUGCUUUUACAGUUUUACUCUAUAUACAUUUCUUUCUUCUGGAAAUGCUUAUAUUUUGUAGUUCUGUUAGAUUCAA